AUGCGGCGGGGAUACGAUUGUCCUGGAUACAAGCAACCGCUGAAGUGGUCGUCAAAGUACGAAGUCGGCAGAGCAGCGCAACCAGGCCAGGAAACGCCUCCAGGAUCGGAUUCGACACCGCUAGAAAACGAUAGUGACUUUCCAUGUCGUCCAGAAUUGCCAGAUUUGACAGUCCCCGGCGAUGAGGUAUUCCCGGCGUUUCCACUCGAGCUCGUCGAUGAAUCUACGCACUUUCCAGAAUGGCUAGACGUCGCCGCUAUAUGUAUAUCAGGUAUACCCCCUGCCUUUGAAGACGAAGACACCUCCAUGUUCCGCUACUACUUCACAACCAUAUGCCGGGUAAAUUCAUGCUUCGACUCCGCGCGCAACUUCUUCCGCCUCGAGAUCGGCAACCUUAUAGGCUCGUGCUUGCUAAUCUACCACUCGAUCCUCUCCAUGUCUGCGGCGCACCUCGCAGCAAAUCACACAGACAUGGCAAUGGUCUCGCUACGGCAUAAGACGCAGGCUAUCACAUCGCUGAAUAGAGAGAUCGCGCAGUUCAGCGAGAGUAGAGAGGCGAGUGACGGACUCGCGCUGGAUUCCACGGCUGAGUUAUUGCUUGCUACGGUUAUUCUUGGGAUGACUGAUGGCUGGCAUAACCCGUCUUCACUCGGAAUCACACACCUACACGGAGCGCGCACCUUACUCAAGAAAUGGCUAUCCAAUAAAGACGGCCUCGAGCACUCGUCCCGGCUAGGAAGCUUCGUCGUCGGCGUCAUGGCAUACUGGGAGGCGAUGUCAUCUUUCUUAAUUGCUCAGCCCCUUGACAAAAUCGAAUAUAUGGACCAAUUUGAAGAUUUGGAUGUGAUGAUCCUAUCUUAA